UCAGAGUUUUUUCUACUGGCUGUGAUGUCCUAUGACCGGUAUUUGGCUAUUUGUAAGCCUCUGCAUUACAACUCUAUAAUGAACCAAUCAAAUUGCAUUAAAUCAGUGAUUAUCAUUUGGUUACUGGGUUUUACAAUGACAUUGAUUGAUUCUAUAUCUUUGUGCACUCUAUACUACUGUGGACCAAACACCAUUCAUCACUUCUUCUGUGACUUAGAACCCAUACUUGAGCUUUCCUGCUCUGAUACUUCAUGGAUCCAUAUUCAGACCUAUGUAAUAGGUUUCUUCUGUGUCGUAGCACCUUUUAUAUUAAUUGUUAUAUCGUAUAUCUAUAUUGUUAUAACCAUCCUCAAAAUUAAAUCAAUUACAGGAAGAAAAAAAGCCUUCACCACCUGCAGCUCUCACUUGACCGUAGUUUGCAUUUUUUACGGGUCUAUAGCCGCUGUGUAUUUGUUUCCAACAAAAGGACAACUAGAUAUUCUGAACAAGGUCCUCUCUCUCUUUUACACUGUAAUGACUCCAUUGCUUAAUCCAAUCAUAUACACAAUCAGGAACCAGGAUUUUAAAAAAGGAAAAGAAGGGAGGGAAAAGAAAGGGAAAACAAAUAAAAAUCUUAAACAGGGGCGUGGCCUGACACCGGACUCAGAUGGCCGCUUGAACUGCGAGCUCCGGCAACCAGGACUGACACACAAGCCUUCUUAA